CUGAGUCUCCGUACGGGUACCACCACCACAGCAGUAGCAGCAGCAGCACUGGUAACAAAUCCCUGCCUGGCUGCUAGCUGCGUGAGCCUGCGUCACAGCGCUUCGUGGUCCUGUGAUGUCUUCUCCCUGCGCCUCGCCGCUCCAUGCUUGUUUGUGGGCAGCAACGGAAUAGAUCAACCAACGGGUCUCGAUCGGAACGAACCCCCGUCCACUCAGGUGGGCUGA